AAUCGAAAACCACCCGGCCAGCGUGUCGUCGCCGCCAGCGGGGCACGGGAUCGUAGUAGUCGUCGUCGUCGUCGUCGUCAUCUUAAUCAUCAUCAUCAUCAUCAUUAUCGUGGUAGUAAAAUAAUAUUAUAACCGUCAAAGUCGAAUCGUGUUAUUUCCGUGUCAUUUGUAUUAAAAUAUUUUGCACCGGUUCAGUUGUUCUAAGAAUAAUUUUCAUCCGAGACACAUAAUAUUAUUUUGAAUCGUUUAAUUGCCGCGGAACCGUUGAUCACAGCACCGCCGGUCGGUAGGGUAAUAUUGUGACAGUUUCUUCGGCGGUGGUGACGACGACGAUGGCGGUGAAUGAGAAGAACAUGUGAUCGACGACCGCUCAAGAACCGCAGAGCGGAGACGACGACGUUUUAUGGAAACGCGUGGUCGUCCGGUGCCGGGCAAGUGGUGAACAUCCGAUAGCCGCACUGCAGCAGCCGUCAUGUUCGCGGCCGCGUGGCUGCUGUUGGCCGCGGCUGCCGGCGCGGCGGUGGCCAGUGAGUACCCCGAACGCGAGUGCUGCGAUCCCGUCAACCCACCACCGGCGUCCAUGUCCGCGACGCCUGACAACGCGGCGGCCGCCGGCCACGAGGUCGCGCCGCCCACAGCCACCUCAAUCGACGGACACCGGGAAGAUAAAACGCCAACGGGAAGUCUGAAUUGUUUGUUGGCGAGAUCAUUAUGCAACGAAGAUCCGUCAUGUUUUAAAAUUAUUAACCUAAUUCCAAGUCUAUGUGGAAACGAAAUAGUCUCGUGUUCGACGACUACGGUGAUAAAGUGUCGGGCGGCUUUGAAAACCCUUCAAGCGUUCCCGUUCUUCAAGCCGACGUGCCUGUGCCGAGAGCCCAAAAUCGAUUACGAAUGCAACUCCUUCCGUAAUUUUUUGUUCGACCAUCCGUGUAACUUCACACAGCGCAAAGAAUACGACCAGUUUCACAUCGAAACGCUGGCUUCGUGCAACCACGCUUUGACCGUUUGCGAAUCGUCACCUGAUUGCCGACGAAUAUUUGAUGACUUCAAGAACAACUGUAAAGUGACCAAAGACAAUACAUGCGAGACGAACAAACCGGAAGAAUGUCACAGGGAUUGGCUGCGUCUGAGGAAAACUCCACUGUUUGGAUGCAUAUGCCCGCAGAAUCAAGUCAAAAAACGAUGUGAUCGAAUUUUUUCUCUGAUAAACGAAAACCCGUGCAUCAGUUCAAAAUCGACGCCAAUCGACAACUCUAUAUUAAACUUCCAAAGUACAUGUCACGAGGCGUUGGAAACCUGUAACAAACACUCACAGUGCCAGGAAAUGGUGGCGUCCAUAAUCCGAAACUGCAACCACAGACAGUGCAAGAAAGCCAACUGCAUGGAAUCGCUGCAAAACUUUUACCGCAACGAAUCGAUGCAUUCAUACGCAAUAGAAAUCGCGUUUUGUCUGUGCAAGAAAUCUGGAGUCAACAAAGACAAAUGUUUGAUAGCUCAAGAGAUGCUGCAUCCGGAAUGCGCACAGCGUGCGGAUGGCCCGGCGAAGGUGCCAUGCCAUUUCUUAGCCGAGAGCUGUCGUGCUAAAUCGAAUUGCCGGUCUCGACUGGAAGCUUUCGAACAAACGUGUUCGGUGGACCAAACAACCAGCCGGUGUGCGGGACCUCCUUCCACGUGUCGCGAGUCCAUUCUCGGCAUACUGGGGACGAUGUUGAGGACGAAUUGCGCGUGCAAGGACACGUCUCCUUCCAAGUUCUACGACUGCAUGGGGUGGCAACGAGUGUUUUGGUUCAACUCGUGUGUGGUGGAAGCACAGAGGGAUUUCCAUAUGACCAAGAUAAAGGACUCAGUGAAGUUAUUAUCGCGUCACUUCUACACGACCACCGCAGUGGCGGUCGAUCAUUACGACCAGACUACGGCGAUUGCGGUCCGACCACUGUCGCCGGCAGUCCCAUCGACCGAAGCCAUGGACGUGCCGACUACGACCACGGUCAGGGUACUGAUAGCCGGCAAAAAAUUUCGGCCAGAUACCACAACCAUUGCGGUCACCACGCCCAAAGCCACCACGACUUCGGUGGCGACCACUGCCGUAACAACAUCUAUCAGCACGGUUUCGACAACUACAUCUACUACCCUCUCACUAGCCUCUCAAAUUCCUUUGCGAGGAUGUAGUUUGCAGAGAUCGCCACACUACAAUAAACAAUUCAUGUCUGAAGGUGACGUAAUCAGGCUUCACAGUUUGGAGGAUAACUCGUGCUCCGAGGUGUGCCACUGCAAGACCGGCGAAAGUCUGACUUGUCAGACCAUCUGUGUGGAAGUCGAACCAUGCGAAACGGAAAUCGCGUACUACCAUCACGAGUCACCAGCGUACAUCGCUUUUCGCGGCCGGUGCAUGUGCUACGUCGGACGAUUUAUUUGCAUGCGACCAAAAAUGGGUUCGUAUACGCUUGUACCGGGCGUGUUUCUGUUCUUGGGAUACAGCGAAAAGGACGAACAGCUGUUGAAAAGUUUGGAUAUUAUGAACUUUGAGAUUAAAGACCUGGUUUACACCAUACAGAAGUUCAUACAAGAGCACAUGGUGUUCAACACUACAUGUAAGUUGCAACUACACAGCAUGUCAUUCGAAAAUAUGAUCAUAAUGGGAAAAGCGUCUCAGAAACUUACCACUGGAGGUUAUCUCAAAAACGAUGCUACGGAUAUCCGGUCUUCCGUUAUCCAAGAUAAUAUGGCGUGUUUCGAGAUCUUGAAGAACUUCUCGUUUAUGGUCACCACGCAGGCCAUGCAAGUGAAAACAAACAUGCUGCUGUCCGUGUUGAAAAUCGCCGAGGUCGACAUCCUACUUCCGGUGUCCAAUUCGCGGAGUGCCAACUUGUCGCCGGACACGUGCACAGCGACCCUGUUACUGGUAAUUAUCGCGGCGGCGGUACUGUUCUAGAGCCGAAGACUUACGGCGCCGCUCGGACGUUUCGAUGAUAAUAUUAUUAUUAUUAUCGUCGUCGUCGUUAUAUUAUAUAUAUAUAUAGAGCGUCUCGUCGAGUUAACUUUUCUCUUGUAAAUUUAUUGUUGUUUUUUUAUUUUUACUUUGUGUGCGUGUGUGAUACUCCGACCGGAUACGUAUAAUUAUUAUGCUGACCACACAGUUAUUGUAUGCCACCAACCAGAUCACUGACCCGUACACGGCGAUGACACUGAUGGUAUAUUACAAGUUCGAGACGGCAUAAAUCCAAUACGAUUUGAUGCGUACAUAACGUGUAAAAUUGAUAAUAAUGUGUAAUAUUAUGACUUACGGCCAAUGUCGUCGAAUAGAGAUGAUCAUCACUGUUCUAUCUUUCUUUUUCUGCGCUAAUAAUCUGUUGUAAUAUUGUCUCGAUAUACUCGUAGAUAUUAUCUAGUCACCACUUCACGGACUUUACUCCAACAAUGUCCAUCCCCGCAUCAAUUACCGAUGUACGUAAAACGGUCAUUAUUAUUUCAUGCCUAUUUUCGAAACGCUCAAAUAUUUAAAUUACCACGUUAUACCCUAUAUUAUACAUUAGGUGUAUUUUGUUAUUUAUAAUAAUAUGAUCGUUUAAUAUUAGGAUGAGUACGAUACAACACGUGGGGGUGUUUAAGAGAGUGUUUCACGCGUAGCCUAACCUAACUUAAGAUAUGAUAUUUAUUAGUGUUUCCAAACGUUACUUCGUAAAUACUUGUAAAGGGUGGUAUUAUGAUAUUGUACAGGUACGAUGUUCUAGCUGACUUGUACAAUAUUGAAAUGUACCUAAAUAUAAUAUAACAACGGUCGAAUGACGAAUCAGACACAGUGUAUAUUAUGUUAAAUGCUAUUGCAUUCGCGGUGUCCAGAAGACGGGUGAAAAAACGCCAAAUUUAUUCACUUCAGAAUAACACGAAACUUAUAAAAUGAUUAUUAUUAUUCUUCGGACGCGGCCGUAGAAACUCGUAUUGCCCUGAGGCCUAUACACGGUCAAUCAUAUACCGGUAACUUGGUAACUUGGACAUUUUGAAAUAUUAAUUUAUAAAAUAGUGGCGCAGACAUUGCAGUACGCAAUCAACGGGCAGGGUCAUCGCCGACAAUUUUAUAAGACGUAGGUAAUCAAAAUCCGGACAUUUUCCUAAAAUAUAUUUUCCGAAAAUGCAACUGUACUAAUAAAUACAACAAUUACAUUCGCACUAGGAAAGCAUCUAAUUGGAUUUAAUGUCAAAAUAAAAAAAAAAAAAAAUAUUUCCAUUUCACACACGAUCAAUUUAACUAUACCAAGUAACUUCAAUGAUAGACAACCUUCUAGCUCAAAAUUAUUGAUACCGUCUUCUUUUCGAAAUUUUUAUGCAAGACUCUCGAUUUUCUUUUCAUUAAUAAUUACCAAAUAAUACUCUAAUAGGCUACAUGCUCGGUCUUACUUAGUGUCUAACAUUAUCUGAAUUCAUUUUUGAUGAGUAUUUAAUAAAUUCACUGAAUGUUUAUCUCCAUACUAUCUUACAAAUACCAACAGAAGUACUUAAACAAAAUAUUUAUUUUUUUUAUAUCAUCAUAUUUUAUUUCAAUUUGUUGAGUGACUUUUCAUCGUUUUUUCUUUCAAAAUGACUCAAUAUUCAAAUAUUGUUGUAUGUUUAAUUUUUUAUUAUUGUUAGGCUAUAAAAAGAAUUGUCUGCACCAUUUAAAAUAUCUUCAGAAAAAUGCAAUUUCAUGCAUAUCUUAAAGCAUGAUCAAGCCUGGAUUAAGGAAAGGGGGUAGAUUUAAGUGGCUUAUUCUGUGUUUAGCCUAAAAUUACAUCCAGACUUUGUAGUACAAACAAUCAUUGACAAUAAUCCCCCACUUCCACAAUCGUCCUUUGUCUUCUGUAGUUAUUUUCACUAUCAUGAUCUGGCUUUACUAUAGCACUUUGGUUUUCUCGUCCAACCAAGAACCAUUGUUGUGUAAUUAUUAUCUGUAAUAUUAUUAUGUCAAAGUGAAAUUAAGCACUUGAAAAAAACUGUUAGAUGUAUCACAUUUAAUAUUAUAUAAUAUAUACUGCACAUUGUUGAAACUGCCGCCACGACAAACUUUUUUUCCGAUCAGUUUUUUGAUGAUAAUUUUUCAAGAGUUCAGAACAGUUUGGUACCUACAUGAUCUGUACCUUUUUUUCCACAAAGGCGUAUAAGGUUACAUCAUUUGGACCUAGGGAAUUUAGUUGAACCAAAUACGCGUAACUGUCAUAAAACAUUAGCGGUUUCCCAUUCAUAUCGACCAGAUAUUUCGUUUAUAUAAUUAUUUAUAUUAUAUGUUAAUUAACUGUCAAAAAAUAUGUUUCGCCCUAUUUCCCAAAAAUUCGGUGGUCGGAUAUAAUACUCGUGGUUUACGCCCCGUUGAAGGUAUAAUAAUAAUAAUAUAGUAUAAGGUAGAGUGGGCUAUAUAGUAUAAAGCAGGCCGGUCUUGUCAGUGGAGGGGUUGUGGAGGUAUCCCGAGUACACACACGAGCUUGUGAAUAAGUAAAGCUACUGAGGAGACGGCGGCAGCAUUCUACAGCGCUAUAUUGCCUACUAAAUAAUUAGGUAUGAAAAGCUCACUGUAUGUAUAACGAUACGCGCAUAACAAAAUGAUUGGGCGUCAGCCUCACUCACCGUUGACGUUGUAUCAACAAUGUCUACUUCCAAGACCAGAUCAAGUCCACUAGAGAUACAUGGUCUCUUAUAAUUUGGUUCUGAAUCCUCGCCGAUGAAAAAAAAGGUCAUGCUUUUAUCAAAUAUUUACGUUUUGGAAACACAUAUAACUUUGUUAUUACCGUAGUUAUGGUCAUUGGAUUUGAAGUAAAAUGCUAAAAUUGUAAACCUAAUGAAAAUAUAAAUAUAUAAACUGUUUAUAAGCUGUACAAUGAUAUAGUAUGCCUUUAAACGAAAUUUGAAUCCAAAAUAAUAACAAACUGAAAUUAACAUAUUAUAAUGCUGACACUAUAAUAACACGAUUAUUUGCACGGCACUAAUUUAGUUUCCAAGCAUGCUAAGGUAAUAAAUUGUAAACAGUGUGUUACUGAAAUAAAUAAUAAAUCUCCUCGUAAAUAACGGUAUAAUGCAGAGAGGAAUAAAUGGGGAAACGAGAUUAAUUUUUACAUACGCUACACAUUACACAAGUAAACCGAUAUUUUAUUCAGAAAACUAUUCCAAUAUUUUUUUCACCUAGAUCAAUUCACAAUGUUUUCUAUUUUUUUUUAAUGACUACUUACCUAAUCAAAUAUUUUUUUUUUCGUAUUCACUUUCGUAAAAUCAUCAGUAUAUUGUAUAGGUACUUUAGGCCAGUUGCACAAUAUCAUAGUUUAAAUAGGUAAGUACACAAACUCAAAUAUACACACAAGAAUAGUAUAACCAUUUAAAACAAUUAUAAAAAGUAACACACUGUUCUCAAUAAGAGACAAUAAGACGUCCAUACACAAAACAUCCACAAGCAAUACAACAUAAAAAUAUAACAUAGUUACAUGAAAUGUAAAUCUGGAAUAUUGCAAAGUCUGGUACAUAGCUAAAACCCUUCAUCUCUCUCAUACUCUUCAUCCACCAUCCGACAUACCCUCCAGAGUGCGUCCGCCAAACCCAACACACAUAUCCGGACCUCUACUUCGGUCAAGGGCUCACGAUAAGGACGACGACAAACACGUGCUACGAAUACCGAGUCGUACAAAUGAGUGUGAUGAGUGCGAGCGAACAGUGUUUAAUAUUAUACUGUGGGAAAUGGAUUUUCGUGGGGGGGAGGGGGUCGGAAAAGUCCAGCCGUAAGACGCGCGCUGGAUGCAGACACUUGAAAAUCAACUUUUGCGCUUAUUUUUAUUUCUGGGAUUAAACGCAGUAAAUACGGCAUACACCGUGGUUUUCGGCUCUUUGUGGCCUUGGCAACGACUGCACCAUUGUAGUAAGUAUCUAGUAUUAUAAUAGUAUUGUUAUAUGGAUUUUGGACUAACAAACGAAGAAACAAAACAUGACACAGCUCACAUAUGUAAUAGUAAAUAAGUAAUAUAAUAAAACAAAAUAAAAAAAUAAAAAUUGAUAUAGGUGAUUAAUGACGAAAAUAAUUGUAUUAUUCAAUCGGAAAAAUGAAUAAUAAUAAAUUAUACGGAUGUUGCACAGUGGUGUGAUUAAGAGGGAUACAAAAGUAUAGCGGAAAUCUAACUAUUAUUCAAUUUAUUUUGUAUUUAAAAAAAAAAAUGAAAUGAUUGAUAUUAUUCAAGGUAGAACUAGUAGGUAUUGUUCCCGAUCAUUUGAUAUUUUAAAAGUCCUGCAUACUCGAAAAUUCAACUGAGUAUGUAUUUUUUAAUUAACCUGAAAAGUGAAUAAGCUGCUACUCUCUCAUUUUUGAUAAGACCUAAGUUAAUUGAGGUAAUUUUGACUGAAGAGGGAAACUAAAUUUUAUAAUAACAUAUGGAUUAGAAAAAAAAAAUUAAAAGAUUUUACACUCCUAUUUUCUUAUUGUCAAUGGUAUCAAAGUUACACCACUACAGCAUAAUGAAUAUAUUUUAUAUAUGAUUUUACUACCUAUUAUAGUUAGGUGUACACACGCAUAAUUUCUCCUUGUAUAUUAUAUAUUUAUACGUAGGGCUAUUAUAUUCAUCAGAGACUAUUUCGUUUACCGGUGGAUCGAUAGUUUCGUAAUAAUAUUGUAUGAUAGGUAACAGCUUAACUGAUAAAUAAUAAUUAAAAGACUCAAAACAGACCUUUUUUUUCCCCCGCAAAAUGACCUAUUUUCAUUCCAACUAUGCUGGUCGGUAUAAAUUAUUACACAAUAAGGAUUUUGAAAACGUAUUUAAAUUCAUAGUCUAGCCUCCUUUAGAUUCUACAAAUAAUAUAUUUUAACACAUUUAGUAAUUUGAAAAAACAUUUAUCUAAAUUUGACUUUCAAUAUUUAAAAGUUUACAAAUAUUCAACAGUAAAUACUAUGCUUCAAAAAAAUAAUAGGUGAAAAAAGUUAAAAGAAAACAUAGAAAAAUUAAAAAGUAAAUAAAUUAAUUCGUUCAAAUCCGUUUUCAAUAUCAAAAUCGCAUUUUUUGAUAAGCUGUGGAACAUUACGAAAUUAAUAUUGAUUAUUUUAGCAUGAACGAAUUAUGCAAGAUAUUUUUUCCUAAAUAUUUUCUAAGUAAAAUCCAUUCACAUCGUAUACAUAUAUUUCAUACCUAGCCGAAAACAUCGCAGAUAUUUUUUUCAUUGGCAGCCCAUAAAAUAAUAAGGAUCAUAAUGCUAACCGCUUAGGCACACAAUAAAUCGAACAACAAUAUAUUUAAAAGUCGUCCCAGACGUCGAGUAGAUAACAUAAUAAAAAUUAGGUACAAUAUACUCACUUAAUACAAUAUUAUUUUAUGAGUAAGGAUUUGUGUGUAUGCAAUUCAUGUCGCGUAGCUGUAUAAUACUGUUUUAAAUUAUAAUAUUAUAAUAUCGCGGACGUCGAUCCACCGCCCACCACCAUCGUUUAAAAGUAAAAUCGUGCGUUUUUAAAGUUUCUUGCAAAAUUAUUAUUAUUAUACCGUAGCUACUCACUCCUUUACCGGACUUAAAUACCAACCGUAUUUUUCGGUGUUUUAUUAAUUAACUUUGACAACUGUUGUAGGUUACGGGAGAUAAGUAGCUCGGAAUUAUAAAUUAUAAUAUACCAAUAAUAAUAAUAAUAAUCCACGAAAGUUUAAUAUUAUAAUUUAUAUUGUAAACAUAAUUGGAUAGGUUAGGUGCUUUGAGUGUUCAUUGAGGUAUUCUCACAUCAUUUUUUUUCACCGAUUUGUGUAAGAUACACUUUAAAAUGUAAAAUAUUUGUUUUACGGUUAUUAGGCAUGACAGCGAAUAAAUAUAUAAAUAUAUAUACACUUAUAUAUUAUAUAACGCUAUAUUAAAACUAUUUGUGCAAGUAAUUUUUUUUUGACUUGGAAAUUAAUUAACAUAAUCUACAUAAUAGUUAAGUAUUUUCAGUUUAACCGUAUUUUUUUUCUCAGAAAAAGCAAUAAUAAUAAAACAUUAUAUUUUUUUCACCAAAACGAACUUUAAAGUAAUUUAUCAUAAGGUAUAUAAAGGUUUUAUGUAUAUUCACAGUAUGCGUGAAUUUUCAGUACAUAGGCAUAAUAUACAGAAAACAAUAUUUUUUCGAUUCAAAAUAAAACAAUUAAAACGACCAUUUACAGUCUAUAUAACUCUGUUGGGUAUAGGAUUCCCUACUAUAUAUAAUAUGCAUUCUUUACCAUACAAAAAUGUUCAGUUCAUUUUUCCGAUAUUUUUAUAGCAUCUUCAGAUAAUUUAGAAACAUUUGGUGUUGAUGGCAGACGCACCCCUCUCCUGAGACACCCAUGUACACUUCAGGAAGGCCAAUUCUAUAGACUAUAAAAAAAUUAAGCGAACUAAAAUGGGUAAGGUCUAACCGUGAGUAGCUCCUGGACUAGUAGAUUGUACACGGAGAAUAUUAACCGAGCUGACACCUCUGAAGACAUAUCGAUAUUAAAAUAUUAUAAUAACAAAAUACACGGAUAUUGCUCAUUAACACGUUUUUCAGUUAGGUGUAGUGAAAAUUAUAUUGGAACGUAUUUUCCAAUUGGAUAUUAUAGUGUUGUAUGGGUAAGAUCGAUGACGAAAUUGCUAUAUUUCAAUCGUGGUGCAGCACGCGCAUAGACAUUAAAAUAAUAUUAUUAUUUAAUGUACUGCUGUGUUCGAUCGUCAUAAAAAAACAUUAUACCAUUACAAUAGACGUACUAUGUUUGUCAUCGAUUGUUGUUUAAUCUACGUUGUGAAUGUUGCGAAAAUAUACCUAUAUAAAGUCUGUAAGCGCAAUAAUAUUAUCAAAUGGUUCGCGUUGAAAUACUCUCUUAAAUUUAACCCCUUAGCGUUAUAUUAAGCCGGUUAUCAUAUUAUUCAGAAAUUAAUAUUAUAUUAUAUUCUUUAGGUCAAGUCGCGUAACCUUGAUAAACAUAUUAUAUUAUACACCCUAUGCAAAGUACAACCAUUGGUUUCGAUCACACACGCGGUAUUAAUGGUGAAAAUAUAAAUAUAGUACUUCAAUCAAUGGUAUUGAUAUUAUUUUAUAGUUCAGUGUUCGGUCGUGCAAUAAUUACAGAUGGGUGAUAUCGAUACAAUUAUAGGUCGACGAAAGUUACUAUAAACAUAAUGAUAUUAUAAUACGUAUAUAACAAUCUAAUCAUAAUGUUGUAAGACACGUAACAACACUACGAAAUCGAUACAAUUUUGCGUCGUAAUGCUGAGCUCAUUUUUUAAUAAGAAAUUUAGAUUUUACGUAGAAACAACAAAAUAAAAACAAUACUUUAGCAUAAUAUAAUUUAUCGAAUGUUAUAUUAUAAAACAAUAUACUUUGAGGGCCUAUAAAUUAUAAGUGUAACGCGAGUACCUAAUACCUAGGAAAUAUGGAUUGUACAUUAAUAUUGUCGUUUUACAUUAUUAUUUUAUAUUGUAUAUUUUAUUAUUAGUAGUAUAUAAUAUUAUUAAGCUAGUGGUUUCAAGGUUAUCAAAUUUCAAAUAAUUUUAACCAACAAAAUGUAAGUACCUAUGUUCUAAUCUCUGUAGCGGACGGAUCGAAGUAUAAUAAAUUAUAAUAUUACCUAUGAAUAUAAUAUCGUUUAACGGUAUUAACAUCAUCGUCAAGGCUCGGAUUUUCUGACACUCGUUAAUCAGUGUACAAAAUAUGUACCGAAAGAUAAAGUUCCGAUUUUUUUAAUUAAUAUUUUAACUAAUAGAUCAAUUUUAUUUUCAAACAUUUGAAACGCUAUUCCUUUGACAAAUGCAAAUAUUAUAGGUGUAAUAUUUCCACGUAUUUGACGUAUGGUCGUAAGAUAUACUAUAGGUAAAUCAAUUAUGUCAACGUGUUAGUGCACUGUACAGUGUACACACUCCGAGCCUCAGAUUGUGUAAACAUAUUAUAUGUCUUGAAUAGGACCAAAAGUAAGUACUUAAUAUACGGAUCGAAGCUAUACGAACGGAAAAUGCAAACAACGCGAACUUGCGUAUAUCGAAAAAAUUGUUCGGACUCUUUCAUUUUACGGUGUAGUUAAUUAAAGAAAGUGCACGGUGCAUAAGGACUCGUGAGACGUUACAAUAAUAAUAAUAAUAAUAAUAAUAUGUAUAUAUAAAUAUAAUAUAUCAUAAUAUUAUCAUUGUGUUAAAAAUGCACCGUGCACACAACUUAUUUAUGUAUAUAUAUAUGUAUAUUCUUUUUUUUCCUUCCAAACGCAGCGAACUCGGUCCGCGUACCUACUUGAAAUAUCUCGUGCACGUAUAAGACCUACGUACUUAUAUAAUAUUAUAUAUACAUUAAUGAUCUCUUCAACUUUUUAUCCAAGAUCAAGCUCGUAUCGUCUACAGUCUACACGAUACUAUAGUAUGAUAUAAUAUUACUAUUGCCAUGUUUAGCUUUCCAAACGUUGUUUUUACCGUGUCCGGGAGAGAAUUAAUUGUUCGUAAACCGAAAUUCUUUCGAUCGCACAAUAAUAUUAUAAUUUAUGUGUGCAACUAUUAUUAUUAUGGUAGGUAUACCGUCGAUUAAUAAUAAAAAUAAUAAUUAAACAAACUACUAAUACAGAUCCAUAGGUGCAUAGAAACAUCAAAUAAUAAAUUAUGUGUAUACAGAGUGAUCAAUUUAACGUAAGACUCUCAUUAUUUCAAAAAACACUAACUACUUUGAAAAUAUUACUCUUACCUACAUCAUUUCAAGUCGUUAAAAACAACAUUUUUGAAAAAAAAUUAUAUUUUUAUCGUUAUUAUUUUUAAGUGUUUUACUCCUUUGAACGACAGCUGCAUAUACUUCCAAAGCCGAAUAUUAUUCAGAAUAUUUCGAUCUAUAAAAAUAAAAUUUUGGACAAGUGGUUCAUUAUUUAUAAGUGUUUAAAGUUUAGACGAGUGGAGUAGUGGGAAUCGACAUAUUGCGGCAACCACAUCACUUCGCUAAUCUAAACUUUAAAUACUUAAUAUAUCUCAUAAGCUACUCUUCCAAAAUUUGAUUUUUUAAUUUUUAUACAUCGGAGUGCUUUAAAAAAAAAUUCUGCUUUGAAAUAAGGAAUUUUAAAUGCAUGUUUUCAUUAAAAAAUAAACAAUCAAAAAAUGUUUUUGUUCAACAACUAAAAAUUAUAUGAAAUCAUAUUUUAAAAAACAUUAUUUAUUUUUAAAUUAUGAGUAUCUUACGUUAAAUGGAUCGCAUGGUAUAUAAAUACACGCAUCACCACUACAAAAAUAUAUUAUAUACCUAUCACAUUUAAGGAAUGCCACAUAAUAUUAUCAGAAAUAAUCAAAUUACACUAAAGUGCUCGUUAUAUUAUAUCAGGCAGUGGCGUCUUAAACUAUCUUUUCCUUGGCUCACAUUUAAUAUUUUUAUUCCAACCACCCUAAAAAAAAAAAAUCACUGCUCUCCAAUAGGUUUUUAGUGGUUAAAUAAUGGUUUAUAACCUUUAAAAGUGGUUCAAACUACCUUUUUGUUCCAUAAGACACCCACCCAUUAAUAUAUUUUGAAUCAUCUGAUUGCUGCCAGAGCUGGGUAUCAUGCAUGAAUGGUAUUACGAGGGAUUUCUCGCCUAUCAAAAGUCAUCAAUUGGCAGUUUUUUGGUUGUUUUUAAUUUCCUAUUUACAUUACAACAUUUUAUUUCAAUAAUUUCAUCAAGGGUUACGGUUAUUACGUCAUAAUUAAUUACAAUUUAUAGAAUUCAUAUUUUCAAAAAUAUUGGUCGUUUAUAAAUUAUAUAAUUCUAGUGACUAUUAAUAUUAUACUUACUCAUGUAAGUAUAAUAUUAAAUAUUUAAAAAAAAAUAAUCGUCUACAUUUUUAUUCGUUUUUAUUUCAAAUAUUAAACAUUGAUAUUUAAAUGGUUUUUUUAUUGGGUUAUAGAAAGCUAUUUUCCGCUAAAUUGAAUUCUUUGAAAAAAUCAUAAUAUUCAAAGUUUGAAAACUACCUACAUUGUUUUAGCUAGUAAAUUCGAAAUUCAUUUGAUAAUCUUUGAUGAUUACGCACACCUCUCCUUUUACGUAUAUAUUAUGCAUAAUUCCAGCCCUGAUCAUAAUAUAAUAUGCACAGAUGCUUACAGCGCAUAAACUAAAUGUUAUUCAUAGGACAUAGUCGUCGAUCUCACGAUAUGUCGUACAUUGCUCGUCCUAGUGUUAUAUAAUAAUAAUUAUAUAUGUUACGGAAAAUUACGUUAAACGGAAAAUAAUGUUAUUAACUUAUUGACCAAAUACGCAGGGGAUUAUUUUUAAUCCAAAUAAUAUUAUAAUUAUAAUAAUAAUAUCCAAACGAUGUAGAUAUUUUUUAAAAAUGUAAAUAAUGUUUUAUACCUAAUUACAGUUUAUUUCUGUUUCACAACUUUUCUGACCCCUGAUUGGCACAACAUUUAUUUUCAAUGGCAGAACUGGUAGCCCCUCGAGGGCCCGCAACAGAUUUAUUUCCAGCUGAUUCCUGCAGAGCCACCGUCUAAUAACUUCAUCACGUUUUCCAGCAGUUUUUUUUCCACAAUCAGCAAUUUCUUGGCACGCGUAAUCGUAUUUAAGAAACCGUGUUCCGUAUACCUAUGAGAAAUAAACCUAACCCUACCUUAUCCGUGACUGAAAAAGUGUUAUUAGUUUUACCCACGAAUUAAAACAUAGGUAGAUAACAAACUUUCAAAAAUGUAUUUAGAUGUCACCUUAUCAUUGGUCGUUGGGCAUCUAUAUAAUAUUAUCUUAUACCUAACUAAUGGGCUUGCUUGGGUCGAACUCGUUCGAUGACAAGCAAACGGUAUAAUCACACUUCAUAAAUAUCCAGUAUCCGACUGUAAUCAACAUAAUAAUCAUUCACUAGAAAAAAAAAACGACAAUCACCUGCACAUAUUUCAUACAGAAAAAUAUAACGUCAAUGACCGGCGAAUAACGUUAUUCUCAGACUUAACGUAAUUUACAGUAACAUAAUAUAUUAUAUUUAUCGCGGCCAUAGUUAUGUUGGUGAAUUGGUACGUCUGUAUGCUAUAAAUAUUCAGAGUUUCAUAAUUUUACCAAUCGAUCAGUAUAAUGUUGUUUAGACACGAGAUCACAUUAAUAUUAUGAAGGUACGAGCGAACGUUGCAAAAUAAUAAUACUAUGUUCGCGUGCAUACUUUAUCAUACGCGAUAUUACCCAUGUACUGCUAAGGGCUAUGCUUAACAGUAGUCGGUCAAAUAUAAUUUUUCUGCGAUAUGACGACUUCGGUCGCAGGAUAUUAUAAAGCGAUAAUCAAUACAUUAAAACGUAUCAAUUCGGUGCCUCUAUAUAAUAAUAAUAUAUAAUUCUAAUAUUAUCGUAUAGGACACAUCGAAAAGAUUCGCACUUCACACAUUUGACUUAACUUCGAGUGUAAUAUUAAUCAUUGUCUACGUAAUUUGCAUUAUUAUACGCCGUCAUUGUGUAUAUUUGUUCGUAUUAUCCAUACCUGAAAAUAAACAUUCGUAACCACCAACACUUAUUAAGACGGUAUACCUAUAAUACGCGUAUAGUAAUGGGCUAUAAUGUAUUCCAUGAUGGAUUACAGUGUAAUGAUAUAGGUAAUAAUGUUUAGCUCAGAAAUCAAACUUUAUAUCAGAUGACAAUAUAAUGUGCGAUACCAGCAUCUGCGCUUAAGUCGACAUGUAUAGUUAUAGUGUAUCCAUACAUCAAUAAUUAGCAGGGACAUGAAGCUCUAAGCAAAUUGACAAUAACCGCAAUCAUAUUAUGCUCUUGAAAACAAUCAUAAUGUUAUAAGCGCUUGAAUAAGCACUAACAAAUUAUUUAAAUACUAUGCGAAAAAAGUAUACCUAUGCAAUUACAACUAUAUUUUUAAAUAUGCAUCCUAACAACUCGUAAUUAAAUUAAAGAAUUUAUAAGCGUCAACGUUAUAUAUUAAGUACAUAUUAUUAUAUAUAUUUAAAAAAAGUUUUUAUUCAUAAAUAUUUCAAUAUUUGAUUAUGAAACAGAUAUAUAUUAUUAUCUGACCGUUAUAGUAUAAUGAAUAAUGAUUUUCUAGACAUUUUCCCUUUUUGUUCCUUUUUAAAAUGAUAUAAGCGUAAAUUAUAGCGUUAAAAACACAAAAAUAAUAUUACAGCAUCAAAACUUCGAAAGAUGCAAAUAAAUACGAAAUUCAUAUUUUCCUUCUUGAAUAACAAAUUUAUUACCCACUUGGGUGUCUCAAAACAAAUAUGCAAAUUCUACAAGUCACGAGUCCUAUUUGUAUCCGAGUAGGGACUACAUUAUACGGGACGUGUGAACAAACCUAACUUACCAUUUCGUCUCCCAGCCCAUAUUUAAUACGUAUAUUAUGACGUGUUAUAAACAUAAAUAUCUUUUGUCUGGGUUAUAGGGAGUUAUAGCCCGUAGGGUGACUAGAUAUGUCUAAAAAAAAAAAUAAUAUUAAAUUUCUUCUAAUGACUGUCCAAUUGUACACAACUUGUAUAAAACUAUUUUACGUAGUUUAUAGGUAUUCCAAAAUGAUCACUAAUAAUAACAUCCAUAAAAAAAGAGGACGGAAUCCUUGUAAAAUUUAUGAUGCAUUGACACCUCAGAGAGGACCCAUAUAGUAUGUGCUUUUAAGUUAUUUUAUUAUGGUUCGGAAGUAUUAUAGGUUGGUUGGUAAUGCUUGAAAUUCACAGCGGACUUGAUGCGUAGAAAGUUGAAGAGAUCUGUGACGGGGGAAUACUUGUCAUGUGUUUAUUAUAAUUAUAUCAAUCUCGUACAAGUAUAUUAUAAAACAACACUCUGUUCAGUUUUUUUUUUUUUUUUAUAACAAAUAUUAGAUCAAAAUUGGAUUUUAUUCCUCCUAACAAGCAAACAAACAAUAUUCGUGAAUUCCAAUCUACAGACUUUUCCGAUUUUCAUGCAAUGGUAAAUUAUAUAAUAAUUAAACAAUUGUAGACGAAUUUAUCCUUGUCUCUACAGUUGUAUAAUAUUAUAAUUUGUUAUUAUGGAACAAAUUUUUCGGAGCAAUUAUUAUCGACGCUCAGGUAUUAUUAUAUUGUUCCUAUUGCUGUAUUAGUCAAAUAAUUUUACUAUCUCUACAGGGAAAUGAAAAAUACACCACUAUAAUAUGUGUGUAUUUUAAACACAAAAUAACAAAUAUUACAGUAAAAUCAAUUUUAUCCACGGUAAGAAAAUAUGUUACAAAUUGCUCAAUUAAACCGUUUGCUGACCGGUCUAUUAUAAUUUAAAACAUCGUCUACAUAUCAUAGUAUCAUAAUAAUAAAUUAUUGAAAAUCAGAGUAAAAAUCGAUGAGAAAAUAUAUGCAAAAUGCAUACUUAACAUACGAGUAUUGUUUAUUUGUUUGUACAUGAACCCAGGUCAAAUGGUAUGGAUUUAGUUAUUCGUGCAUUUCAAUAACGUUAUUUCGCAUUCAGAAAUAUUAACUUUUCAAACAUCGCGUGCCACUCAUUUCAGCCCAAUUCGGCCGUAUAAAUCAUUAUUACCGUAGUAAACGAAAAUAGUCUUCCGCUGAAUAAUUGAAAUAGAGGUGCCCGUAGUACAAAAUGCAUAUUUUAUCCCAUUCGUGGAAAACGCCAAAUGCAUUUCGAAUACCUAAGCACCGAUUAAAACGUAAAUUUGAUAAACUGUUGUAAUUAAUAUAAUACUGUAAUUACUUAUUAUGUUAGUAAUUAUUAAUUAUAGUGAUAAUGAAAUGCAAAUUUGUGUAGAGCUUACCAACAAUUUAUUAAAAACCCUUAGAAAAAAGUAUAGAAUCAUUAACCAACCUAUCUCAGCUCAUAAAUACCUAAUUAAAAUGUAUCGUAUGAUGCAAAUGUGUUUGAAAAAUACAAGUUAAAAAAAAAUUACAAAAGUGGUGACGUAUUUCGAGGUUCAAUUAGACAAUCAUUAAUUCAAAAUCUAUUAACGUGUUUUACUUAAUUGGAAGUCGUUAAAAACAUAUUUUUAUUAUUUGUUAAUUUAUACUUUUUGAAUGCAAAUGUGUAUUUUUAAUUCUCAGCUCGUGAAAACUUUAAAGUUUAAAUACCUAGUUAUAAACCUUGUCAACAUUUGGUUUUUAUUUAUCAAAAUAUUCCAAAUAAAAUUCUGCUUCAAAAUAUGAAAUUAAAAAUAUGUAUGAUGUCAUUCAAAAGAGUAAAAAGCUUGAAAACAAUUAUAACGACAGUAAAAGUCCAAAAACCUUACUCAAUAUGAUAACGUUAAGAAUAUAAAAUUAUGACAAAAUAAUACUCUCUAAAAAAAACCGUAAAAAAUUAACAUUUAUGUAAGGUCAUUUGAUAUUUUAAGAGGAUACAAAAUUCGCAUAUUAUUAUAUUGUUGUAUCCGUCUUUCAAACGCGCAACAUGGACAAUUAGAUUUCAUUAGUUCUAAUUUUGUGUAUUAAACUUUUUUUAUAAAGUGAACUAACCAAUAAUCAAACUUUAAGGUAAGAACAUUAGCUUUAUUUUCAUAUAGGGGUUUUACGAUAUUUUUUUUUAAGCAAGUUAUGAAAAUGUUUAAAUGGUAAUAUUUUGCGUACUUAUAAUUUGAUUAAAAAUUUAUAUAUCGUAAAAAUCACAUGUGAAAACAAAUAUAAUGUUCUUACUUCUUACCUUUAAGUUUUAUCAUAGAUUUUUAAAAGUUAUUACAUGAAAUUGGAAUUAUUGAAUACAAAUCGUGCGUUUGUAAGACGGAGACAACACACACACAUCCCUCAAAUCGGACUUUAAUACUAAAUUAUACAUUAUCCAUUAAAAAUUUGAUCUUUGAGAUGUAUAAAAACAAAAUGGUUAAUAUAUUUUAAAAGUUAAAGAACUAAAUUGUUGAUUUUUUUAUUGUAAUACCUUCAUUUUGAAUAGUAAAAAUAACUUAUGGCACCCUAAAAUUCACCGUAAAAUCAAAUUUUAGAUUUGUUAUGAAACUGCACGUAUUGUUGUAAUCCAGCUAUUUGUUCGACCAUCGACUAACCAUUAAAAUUUGUAAAAUAAGUUAUAUUAUCCACCUUAUUCAUGGUACUUUGUAGGGAAAAUUUUCGCAGUAGGUAUAAACUUAUAAUCAAUUAACGGCGUACAAUAUAAUUUGUCGGUCGAGGCCAUAAAAUUUAAUUGUUGUCGAUCCCACAACAAACAUCGCUACUGUUAAGUAAAAACAUAAAACAAAUCCACGCUUUAAAUCGAAUUAAUUAUUCAUAAUCAUUUAUUGUUAAAAGUUUAUUUUAUGAUUCAAAGAAUUAUUGGCGAUUGGAAAUUAUUUUUAUGAGCAAUUCCGUGAAAAAGAUCUCCCGUUGUUAUGUUUUUAUUAUUUUCGCAUAUUUUCUUCUCGUUAUUAUUUUUAUUAUGCAAAACGGUAUUUUAUUUCAGUUAAUUAUACACUAAAAAAACACUUCCUGUUAACGACUUGACCUUUCUAGAUUUUUCUUGCAUGGCUUUAGUAGACUUAUUAUUUUAAAACUCUAAAUAUUGUCAUCAUUUAGUUCGAUAUUAAUUGGUAAAUUGCAAUCGAUUUUGUGCUCACUAGUCACACACGUCCAUCAAUCGAAGGAAUUGAAAAAAAAAAAUAAAUAACUAUUAAUUAUUAUCAAACAUAAUUUAACAGGCACAAAAAUGAUUAGCGCACUGAAAUCAUCGAUUAUACUCCGUAUUGUUAUAAGUACAGAUUUAUGGAGAUUGUCACCUACACUUAAACAUUCACCCGACAUUAUUAAUGUAAUAUUAUGAUGCUUCAAGUACCGCAAUUUACUACCUACCCAUAUACGAGGAUAAAAUCCAAUUUUGACCACUAAUUAAUAAUUAUUCGGAUGAACCAUUAUUGUCAUUAUUAUGCUAUAGGUAAUAUAAUGCCGUAAAAUUAGGCAGGCAGGUAACAAUGAAAUAGAUAAAUUCGUCCGCUACGUGAUUGCAAUCGCAGAAUCGAAGAGUAAUAAUUAUUUAUCGUUUGGUUGUAAAAAUAUAUUUUAAGCAUCAGGUGUGCAUAAUCUUAAUACGAUAAUAAUAUAAAGUGUAUAAUAUAGUUAUUGAAGCCUCUUGGACGUAAAACAAAAAAAAAAAACAAUUAUAAAUUAAUACAAAACAAUAAUAGGUAAUUACUGAUAGCAUGACAUAUUGUAACAAACUAAUAUUAUUAUUGUUUCGUGUUUUUUUUUAAUCUCUAACUGUGCAGGGCAUGACAUAUCUUCUGGACAUAUCAUUAAAACGUAAUGUUAUGCUUAAUAUUAUAAUCAUAUUAUAAUAGAAAACGAUAUUAUUAUUAUUUUGUCGCGUACCUAUCCAACAGCAGCAGCUGUGUUGUAAUCAUCGUGUUUUACACGUCAAAGUAACCGAAGCAUAAUGAAGUCAUAUUUGUACUUGACGCGCUGCUACGGGUGAGCCACGCACCCAUAUUAUUAUUAUAUUAUGUGUAAUAGCUACGUGUAGGUAAAUGAAAUAUAAAUUCUCAAACAAAACGAAAACAUAUCAAAAUUAUUUAUGAUGUGAUAUUAUAGAAAUAAUGAUAAAAAAAAAAAAUGUAAUAUUUUUAUGUAACGAAAAAUAUAUACGAUAUAUUAUUAUAUAUAUAGUUUAAAUGUAUAAGCUAUUAAAUUGAAUAAGUGAACGACGUCAUAGUAUAAACCUAUUCUCUUGUCUCAAGCAACUUUUUUAAACGUAUUAGCUUUAGUAAUUUAUAACUUGUAUUAACAUGUUACAACAGACAUAUCACUUGAUAACUUAAGAGGGUAAUGGUUAUGUGUGUUUUUUUUUUGUACUUUGUUAGACAUGCGUCGUGUAUGUUUGUAGGAUAUUAUUAAUAUUAUUAUUAUAAGAAUAGAUGUAUUGUAUAAUAUAAAGUAGCAUUAAUAAAUAUAUUAUAUAGAGAUAUAUAAAUGGAUGCGUUGUAUUUUUUUUUUCAUUAUUUCAAAUUUCAAUCAUUAAAGUAUUGUUAUAAUAAUAAUAAUAAUUAAUAACUAAUAAAUCGUAUAUUAUGUGUUUGCAGAACAGCCGAUGUUUAUAAUCGAUGUAUGAACAUUUUUUUAUGGUAUGUUUUUUUCUGUAUACAGAAGAAUAAUAGUGAUGAGACUGGGAGAAUUCAAAGGUAUAGUUAAUAAAAUGUGAGCCAUAGAUAACGUUCUUUUAUUAUUAUUAUUAUUAUUUUAUUACGAUGUCAUGGAAAAUAUGACUCCUUAGAUACUCUCAACUACCACGGAAUAAAAAUUAGCUAAUAAAUAUAUUUUUUAUAACAAAGUGUAUAUAUACAAUAUAUAAAUUAAAUUUGUUUUGUAUAUUUUGUAGUUUUAAUAAGUUUAAAUUCAAUUUGUGUGGUGAAACAAAAUUAUAAACUUAUAGCAUAUAACUAAUGACUUAACUUAGUUACUCAAAAAACUUUUUACUUGAUUGAGUUGAUUUUUUUCAACCUGUCUAGCAACAAAAAAAAAAUUCCCAGUCUCGCAGUCACAAUAUAAUGUUCAUAUGUCCAUAAUAAACCGUGACGUGCAGAAUAUAAUUUUUUCAUUUAACAAAUAUUGAUUUUAUUGUGUUUAAAUUACCUAAAUUCCAUACUAAAAUAAAUUCACAAAAUAUUAAUAUUUUAGAACGAAGUGUGAUAAAGUCUGAGUGCAACCAUGUAUUCGAAUUCCAUUAAAUUGUUAAGUCCAAAAUUCGAUUUAAGUACACGGUUGAUUUAAUAAAUUAAAAAAAAAAAUCAUUUGUUUGAAGCUAUAUACACAUAAUAAUAUUGUAUAUACAUAUAUAUUUGUUUUAUUUAGUGAAAAUUAUUUGAAUGUGGUUAUUUUACUUUGUAUAUAGAACUAAUAUGUGUUUACGUGAACAAAAAAAUAUAUUAAUAAUAAUUAAUAAUAUAAGUAGUAAAUUGUGGUUUUCAUAACAAGAACGGAGUUUCGGCCUACUAUUUUACCACUACAGCUGUAACUAUAAUAUUAUAUUAUGUUGUGCUUAGUCCAAUCAAUAUUUUGUUCUAGAAUUAUUUUACUAAUCGUUUAAUCGGCAAAGUGUUUUAUUGUUUAUAUCUUAGUGAAAUACAUAUUAUGUUAUGAUAAAAAUAUUAAUUAUACACGUAUCUGU